GUGUUCAACUGUUCCGGCCUUGAAGAUGGUCAGUAUCCGGACCCUUCGAAGAACUGCUCACAAAUAUUCUACGAUUGUAUUAACGGCACUGCCAUUGAAUUUGCAUGCCCUUUGAAUUUACAUUAUCACUCAGAAAUGAACGAGUGCCUUCCUCCUGAAACGGUUCCUGGUUGCGUCAACGGUACCCCAGGUCUUUCUCUGAACUGCACCAAUCUGUCGAAUGGAAUUUACCCAAGUCCUCACAAUGAUUGCUCCACAUAUUUCUUCAUAUGUUCGAACGGUUUAUCACAUUUCUUCCAAUGCCCUGAGAAUCUCUACUACGACCCCGAAACCUUCCGUUGCAACGUUUACAACAAUAUAACAGCAUGCAUAAGCAAUGAAACAACUACUCCAGCAGUACCUGGAAACUCAUUUGACUGCACCGGUCUUGAAGAUGGUCCGUAUCCAAAUCCAAUGAUGUUCUGCAGCAACUCGUACUUUGAGUGCACUGAUGAACUGACGACCGUUAAAUACUGUGCUGAAGAUGAGGCGUUCGAUCCUGAGACCGAACUGUGUGAAAAUAUCGAAAAUGUUGCUGAAUGUAAUGACAAUGAAGAAACUACUAUUGCUCCAGGGAACGAGACAACGAUUGCUGGAGAAAACGUCACGAGUCCUACGACCGACAAUGUCACAGAAACCACGGAAAAUGUGACCUCAACAGAAGCUGGCGAAAAUGUCACCAUGUCUACGGUAGGCAAUGCUACAACGGAAGAGGGUGAAAACAUCACAAUGUCAACGGAACUCAGUACUUCCACGGAGACUGCAGAAAACACCACAACGGAAACAACAGAAACUGGUGAGAAUGUCACCAUGUCGACAGAGGAAAAUGCUACAACUGAGGCUGGUGAGAAUGUCACCAUGUCGACAGAGGAAAAUGCUACAACUGAGGCUGGCGAGAAUGUCACAAUGUCGACAGAGGAAAAUGCAACAACGGAGGCUGGUGAGAAUAUCACAAUGUCGACAGAGGAAAAUGCAACAACGGAGGUUGGUGAGAAUGUCACCAUGUCGACAGAGGAAAAUGCAACAACGGAGGCUGGAGAGAAUGUCACCAUGUCGACAGAAGAGAAUGCGACAACGGAGGCUGGUGAGAAUGUCACCAUGUCGACGGCAGGCAAUGCCACAACAGAAGCUGCUGAAAACGUCACGUCGGCAAGUGGUAGUACUACCAGGCAGUCCGGUCGAAACGUAACCGCCUCCCCAGUGCGGUUCAACUGCUCCGGUCGGUCUGACAAGGACUAUCCAAAUCCGCGUAACAACUGCAGCACCGUGUUCUACACGUGCUCAAACGGCGUGGCAUUCGAAAGGCGCUGUUCGGCAGGCACCUACUAUGACCCGAGUCUUGGAGUUUGCGAAUCGCGCAAAAACAUAGAGGCGUGCUCCAGAUCCAGGCGUACUACCCAAGCGGCGACGACGGUCGGAUUUCGGACUACCGAAUUCGACUGCUCCUACCGCGACGACGGCAACUACCCUGCCGGCGACUGUAUGCCCUACUACUUCGCAUGCGUUGGGGGCCACCCGUUUAGACAGCCGUGUCCGGCGGAUACCUACUACGACAACGAAAUGAAUCAGUGCAACUUCCGGUUCUACGUUCCAAACUGCGGAGGCAUUCGAACAACGACCAUCUACCCGUCGACCACCGUCGCAAUACCCAUAAGAAUCGACUGUACCGACAAGCCGGACGGAAACUACGGCGACCCUAACGAACCGUGCACUAACUACUACUACGUGUGCUACUCUGGCAGUACGGCGGCGUUCUAUUGUCCCCCUGGCCUGGUCUAUGAUGACUCGAACCAGCGUUGCGAGUUCAGACGCUACACGGUGGCGUGCGGCGGCCGACCACGCAGCGAUGUCGAAGAGGAAAGCGCAUCUGGUAGACGGGCUAGACGACGAAGCACUACGACAGAAAUGACGACUGUUCCCCCCACCACAACGGAAUCUGCCGCCCCUUCAGACCAGAAGUCAUUCUGGAGGCAGCUCAGGAACAGAAAACUGCGACAGUACCGAAGAAUGGGACGACUUUAUAAAGCAUAA